CCGCCCCGCGGCGCCGCGACCCCGCUCCCCGGCCUCGCAGGCCGUGACAAUGGACUAUGACUUUAAAGUGAAGCUGAGCAGCGAGCGGGAGCGGGUUGAGGACCUGUUUGAAUACGAGGGCUGCAAAGUUGGCCGAGGCACUUAUGGUCACGUCUACAAAGCCAAGCGGAAGGAUGGGAAAGAUGAUAAAGACUAUGCUUUAAAACAAAUAGAAGGAACCGGGAUCUCUAUGUCGGCAUGUAGAGAAAUAGCAUUACUUCGAGAGCUUAAGCAUCCAAAUGUCAUCUCUCUUCAGAAGGUGUUUCUGUCUCAUGCUGAUAGGAAAGUAUGGCUUCUGUUUGACUACGCUGAACAUGACCUUUGGCAUAUAAUCAAGUUUCACAGAGCGUCUAAAGCAAACAAGAAGCCAGUACAGUUACCUCGGGGAAUGGUGAAGUCACUAUUGUAUCAGAUCCUAGAUGGGAUUCACUACCUGCAUGCUAACUGGGUGUUGCACAGGGAUUUGAAACCUGCUAAUAUUUUAGUUAUGGGUGAAGGUCCUGAGCGAGGAAGAGUAAAAAUUGCUGAUAUGGGCUUUGCCCGAUUAUUUAAUUCACCUUUGAAGCCUUUAGCAGAUUUGGAUCCAGUAGUCGUAACAUUCUGGUACCGAGCCCCAGAAUUACUUCUUGGAGCAAGACAUUAUACCAAAGCUAUUGAUAUUUGGGCUAUAGGGUGUAUAUUUGCAGAACUACUAACGUCAGAACCAAUAUUUCACUGUCGACAAGAGGACAUCAAAACUAGUAAUCCUUAUCACCAUGACCAGCUGGACAGAAUAUUCAAUGUAAUGGGAUUUCCUGCAGAUAAAGAUUGGGAAGAUAUAAAAAAGAUGCCUGAACAUUCAACAUUAAUGAAAGAUUUCAGAAGAAAUACGUAUACCAACUGCAGCCUUAUCAAGUAUAUGGAAAAACAUAAAGUUAAACCAGAUAGUAAAGCAUUCCACUUGCUUCAGAAGUUGCUUACCAUGGACCCAAUAAAGCGAAUUACCUCAGAGCAGGCUAUGCAGGACCCCUAUUUCCUAGAAGACCCACUUCCUACAUCAGACGUUUUUGCCGGUUGUCAAAUCCCUUACCCCAAGCGAGAAUUUUUAACAGAAGAGGAGCCUGAUGACAAAGGAGACAAAAAGAACCAGCAGCAGCAGCAGGGCAAUAACCACACGAAUGGGACCGGCCACCCAGGGAAUCAAGACAGCAGUCACACCCAGGGGCCCCCGCUGAAGAAAGUGAGAGUCGUCCCUCCUACCACUACCUCAGGUGGACUGAUCAUGACCUCAGACUAUCAGCGUUCCAAUCCACAUGCUGCCUAUCCCAACCCUGGACCAAGCACAUCACAGCCACAGAGCAGCAUGGGAUACUCAACUACCUCCCAGCAGCCUCCACAGUACUCUCAUCAGACACACCGGUACUGAGCUGCAUCGGAUACUGUCCAUGCACUGUCGCUGUGCUGCAGGGCUGCCUGCGGCUCUCGGCGGGAACCUGGAAUGGGCCAUGAGAAUGUACUGUGCAGCCACGUAGUCAAAUGUCCGGUAGCCGAGUUCCACCACUUUUCACAGAUUGGGGUAGUGGCUUCCAAGUUGUACCUUUUUGGAGUUAGACUUGAGAAGAAAGUGCUAGCACAGUUUGUGUUGUGGGUUUGCUACUUCCAUAGUUUACUUGACAUGGUUCAGACUGACCAAUGCAUUUUUUUCAGUGACAGUCUGUAGCAGUUGAAGCUGUGAAACGUGCUAGGGGCGAGCAUUUGUCGUUGUAUGUGGUGAAUUCUUCCAGUGUAACAACAUUGUCUGACCAAUAGUACACACACACACAAAAGUUUAACUGGUACUUGAAACAUACAGUAUAUGGUAACAAAGUAACCAAGACUCAAAAUGAGAUUAUUUCGGUUCACCGUUCAUUUUAGUGUCUUAACAGUGGGUUGAUUCGUUUUCUACAUUAAUCAGUGUUUUUUGACCAAGAAUACUGCUUGGAAUUUUUUGAAAGUACAAGAAGCCACAUAGUUUUUCCAGGAAGGUUUCAAAACUCCCAAAGAUUGAUUUCCAACUUAUGAGUUUGUUUUUACUUUUAAUCUAUGACUUGACUGGUAUUAAAGCUGCUAUUGAUAGUAAUUAAAUAUGUUGUCAUUGAUAUAAACCUGUUUGGUUCAGCAAACAAACUAAACUGAUUGUCAUAGACGGUGUUUCAUUUUUCCUGUUGGUGUUGCUGACUUGUGAGCAUGCUUUAAAGAUGAAAAAAGCAUGAAUGAUAACUUCCUUAAAAAGGUGCGGCAUCCAAUUCAGAUACUUUGUCCUGAUUUGAAAGCUGGUUGGUGUAGUGCUACUAAAAUUUUGUUCAGUUCAUUUUCUUUUUAAAAACUUGUUCGCACGUUGUUUAGGGUGCCCUUACUUCAGCAAAGGAGAAGGAGUAGGAGAGCCUUAGAAUUUUUGAGGAAAAAAGAAAACCUAUAACAUACAAUGUACUGUAUCAAACUAUUUUACAUGAAUGACACAAGUAUUCUGAAUUUAAAGAAAUUGAACAUUGUUAAAAACAAGGUGUUAUGUAAUAAAUUUAUUUUUCAUAAAUCAAAA